AUCCAACCAGCUCCGCCCGCACCGUUUCGUUUCCCUCCUCGAAAAUUCCGAUCCAUCCUUCUCCAGGUCACCGCCGGCUCGGUCGUCCUCGUCCUACGUGCGACCAACUCCGGAACCCAUUCGUCCUGCUAAAACCGCGUCCUCUUACUCCUCUUGCCUUAAUGGCUUGGGGGAAUUGAGGAGGAGAUCGAUUCCAACAACCCCUCGCCUCCUCUCCUCGUGGAGCAAGGCAGCCUCGCGUCGGCGGCGAUGUCCAUCCGCAAGGCGCUGGGCGCGGUCAAGGACCAGACCACCAUCAGCAUCGCCAAGGUCACCGGCGCCGUCGCGCCCGACCUCGACGUCGCCAUCGUCCGCGCCACGUCCCACGACGACGUGCCCGCCGACGACCGCCACGUACGCGAUGUGCUCCGGCUCACCUCGGGCUCCCGCGCCCACGUCGCCGCCUGCGUCUCCUCCCUCGCGCGCCGACUCGCCCGGACCCGUGACUACGUCGUCGCCGCCAAGUGCCUCGCGCUGCUCCACCGCCUCGUCGCCGAGGGGGACCCGCACUUCCUCCACGAGGUCGUGCGCCCCGCGGCCGCGGGCCGACGAGCCGGCGAGCCCUUGAUCGCGCUACUCCUGGAUUUCCGCGACGAGGCGCACUCCGCGUCGUGGAGCCACUCCGCCUUCGUCCGCGCGUACGCGCUCUACCUCGACGACCGCGUCCGCUUCCUCGUCUCCCUCCUCCCCGCGCCGCGCGUCGUGCGCUUCGCCGAAGACUACGCCGCCGGCUUUGCCUCGUCACCGCCACCGCCUGCCACGACGUCGGUGCACGACAUGGACCCGGAGGGGCUCCUGGGGCGUGCGCGCCAGCUGCGGCAGCUCCUCGAUCGCUUCCUCGCGUGCCGCCCGUCGGGCGCCUCCAGGCACAGCCGCGUGGUUUUCGCCACGCUCUACCCCAUGGUCAAGGAGAGCUUCGAGCUCUACGCCGACGUCUCCGUCGUGCUCGCCGUCCUGCUCGACCGCUUCUUCGACAUGGAGUACCCCGAGUGCGUCAAGGCCUUCGAGGCCUACGUCAGCACCGCCAAACAGGUUGACGAACUCAUCGCCUUCUACACCUGGUGCAACGACGUCGGCGUCGCGCGAUCCUCCGACUUCCCCGAGGUGAAGCGCAUCGACGAGAAGCUCCUCGAGACGCUGGAGCAGUUCAUGCGGGAGCGCGGACGGGCAGCCCGCAGCUCACCGCUGCCACCACCACCCCCGGCGCAGCGGCCUGUCCAUAUGCAAGAGGAGGAGCCUGCGGAGUACGACAUGAACAGCGUCAAGGCGCUCCCGGCGCCGGAGCGUUACAACCUUGCGCCUGCGCGAUCGGCGCCGGAGAAGGCUGCGGCAGUGGCGGCCAAGACACCUGAUCAGACGCCGCACAGUGAUCUGGUCAACCUUAGGGAGCCUGCGGCCACAGCGGACGAGCAGGGUAACAAGCUUGCGCUCGCGCUCUUCUCCGCGCCACCGGCGCCGAACGGAGCAGCGGACAGCAGCUGGGUCGCCUUCCCAUCAGACGACGCUCCGGAGGUGACCUCCGCGUGGCAGACGCCGGCCGCGGAGCCCGGGAAGGCGGACUGGGAGCUGGCGCUGGUGGAGACGGCGAGCAACCUGUCGCGGCAGAAGGCGGCGCUCGGCGGCGGGCUGGACCCGCUGCUCCUGGGCGGGAUGUACGACCAGGGCGCCGUCCGGCAGCAGGUGGCCGCGCAGGCGGCGUCCGGGAGCGCGAGCAGCGUGGCAUUGCCGUGGCAGGGCGCUGGCACCCCUGUGCUGGCGCUGCCGGCCCCCGACGGCACGGUGCAGACGGUCGCGUGCGACCCGUUCGCGGCGUCCCUGGCCGUGCCGCCGCCGUCGUACGUGCAGAUGGCGGAGAUGGAGCGGAAGCAGCAGCUGCUGGUGCAGGAGCAGCAGAUGUGGGCGCAGUACCGGCAGGGCGGAAUGCAGGGGCUCGCUGCCGGCCCCGGCAGCGUGUUCGCGUCGAACACCUCCGUGCCGAUGGCGUACAACCGAGUCGGCGGAUACUACUAGCAAUACAUGAGCCGGCUUAAUCUUGUGUGAAUAAUACUCGUGAGAGAUGACAAUAUAUUACUGCUCGUCUCUCCAUGGAUUGUCAUCGAACGGGUAAAAGUCUAAAAAUAGACAACAAACGAUAUCAUAUUUGUUAAAAUAGAUAUUAUUUUAACGUA